UAACUUCACUUAUAUGUUUAACAUUUAGAUAAAGUACAUAAAUAAGUAUUUGAGUUUAAAUAAUCAAUUGUACAAAAAAUUGAUAAUUUAAAGUGAAAAAAAUAAAUAAAUAAUUUCUUUCUCAUCGAUGAUGAUACGUAAACAUAACCUUUAAAUUUGUUAUAUAUGCUUUAAAUUCAUUGAUUAAAGGGUCGAUAAUAUGGCUAUUUUUCGGACAUUUGGAAAAUAUAUAAAGUAUUACAAACCAUUUAAUACAAGAAUGUUACUAAAUUAUCGAAACCGUUUUUUGUUUUAUUCGCCGUAUAAUUUUUCAACCUUGAAUGACAAAAAGUCACAAAGUCUUUAUCACUAUUUAUACUCGAAAAUUUUAGCCUGUGGACCUAUUACAAUUCAUGAUUACAUGAAAGAAAUUUUAACUCAUCCAACUGUAGGAUACUACAUGAAUAAAGACGUUUUUGGAAAACAGGGUGAUUUUACAACAUCACCAGAAAUUACACAAUUAUUUGGAGAAAUGAUAGCCACUUGGAUGAAAUAUGAAUCACAAAAGAUUUCUAAGGGUCCUUUUCAAAUAGUUGAAUUAGGUCCAGGUAGAGGAACUUUAAUUAGAGAUAUAUUAAGGGUGUAUAAACAAUUUAAAUCUCUAAAUAAUAUAUCAGUACAUUUAGUUGAAAUUAGUCCUACUUUGUCCUUGAUUCAGGCAAAGAAUUUAUGUAAAACAAUUACAGAAUAUGAUACAAAAAUUAAUGAAUCUAAAAGUAACCCUAUCAAUUACUAUAGAGAAGGUAUUACAGAAGAUGAGAUAAAAAUAUAUUGGUACAAUUCUAUUAAGGAUGUGCCUAAAAAUUUUAGUAUAUUUUUAGCGCAUGAAUUUUUUGAUGCAUUACCAAUUCAUAAAUUUCAGAAAACUGAUAGAGGCUGGUGUGAAGUUUUAGUAGACAUAAUUCAAGGAAGUAAUGAAGAGAAAUUUUGUUAUGUGUUAUCAAAUGCUCCAACACCUGCUACCUUUUAUAUAUCAAAUGAUGAAAAGAGAGAGCAUGUUGAAAUUAGUCCAGAAAGUUUAGUAAUAGUGGAUUAUAUAGCAAACUUUUUAUGGGAAUGUGGUGGAUUUGCUUUAAUUUGUGAUUAUGGCCAUAAUGGUGAUAAAACUGAUACUUUUCGUGGAUUUUCUCAACAUAAAAUACAUGAUCCACUAUUACACCCAGGAGCUGCAGAUUUAACAGCAGAUGUUGAUUUUGCAGCUAUUAAAAAAAUUGCAGAGAAAGAUGAUAGGUUAAUAACUUUUGGACCAGUAACUCAAUCAAACUUUCUACAAAACCUUGGAAUUGAUUUAAGAUUGCAAAUGCUCUUACAAAAUACUUCAGAAGAAGGAAGGAAGUCAUUACAAACGGGAUAUCAUAUGAUAAUGGAUGAAGAUAAAAUGGGAACACGUUUUAAAGUUUUAUCACUAUUUCCGUCUGUUUUAAAAGAAUAUUUCGAAAAAGUACCAGUAGCAGGUUUUUAUUAAACAUGAAGAUUGCAAUAAAAUGUUAUAUAUAUCGAA